UCAAAGCCCAGAAACAUGCAAAACCAAAUGAUUCUACUUAUUUGACUUCUUUUAAACACAGCAGGAGAAAAUUGUAUAUGCCUCUGCAGAUGUCUUUUGUCUCUGCUGGUAAGGUUGUCUUACAGAUGUUAACGUCGACGCAAGCUUGUAGCUGUAAGAUUUAGUAGUCUUAGUCUGCAAGUUUUUCUUCCUUUCCUGACACGUGUAUCGAGAAAGAAAGACAGGAAAAGGCAAACAGGUGUGUAGUAGUGUCACUGAUGUGUUUCCUGUUUGUGUCUGGAGAAGAGCUCUUCGAGGACGGAUCAUAUCGGAAGACCAUGCAGCCCUUCUGGCUCCAGACUCACCUGCCUUGCACUGUCCCAAGCCUGAUCAAGCAUAAGGGCAAACCCAGCAGGGACUGCUGAACACGACCGGGUAGAGAACCAUGCUGUCCGGCUCCUGGCGUCGGUCUGUGGGGCCGACACAACCUGUCGCAGCCCCUGUGGUGAACCCCAGCGCGAUGACUGUGUGCGGGGUACCAAGCGGUACGGUGGUUCUUGAGGCUCAGUAUGACUACAGCUAUCGAGGGUCAGACGGGCGACAAGUAUGCAUAAGAGAGGGCGAACGGUUUAUUCUCUUGAAGAAGACAAAUGCAGACUGGUGGCAGGUGCGCAGAAUCGGUGCAGCCAGCAAAACAAAGCCCCUGUAUGUCCCUGCUACGUAUGUGACUGAGGUUCCUAUCACACCGAUGCCCUCGCCCCAGCGCCUUGUCACUUCUGUCUCGCUGCACUCCAACAUGCUACCCCGAGUUUCGCUCUCUCCCAGCUUCACAGGAACUGGCAGGAAUGAGCAGAGUCAGGUGAACAAACCCAUGUUCCGGUCCAUGGAAAAUCUUAACACUUUCAACAGUGCCUUCCAGAGGUCUGAGAGGAACACAGUGGUGGGAGAAAACCACUUCCCCACCCUGCCUCUCUCUGGAUUCACCUUUACGCCCAGUUCUUCCACCUCCCAGUCAAGUCACCUCAUGGUCCCAGGGUCUCCUGCAGCUUCCAUGACUCAAGCAAACUCAUCAAAUCCCAGAGUGGUCCCGACAAUCACCCGGAGUCAGAGCUCCAGCAACCUGCCUGAAAACCUGAACGAGAACCCGUAUGACGAGGUCGGGGGAAGCCUUGGCAGUCGCAUCAACUACAAGGUCCCUAAGAAGUCCUGCAGCCAAUGGGACGUGGUGGGGGCUUCAGGCAGGAAUAACCGUCUGCAGGUCCCUACUGAGACCUACAUAUCCCAGCUCUCCUGGCAGGACUCCCCUAUUUAUGCUGAAAUGCAGCCAGAGAAGCGUCUGUCCCAGCAGGAGCCCCCCAUCCCGGCUGUGGGUCAGCAACCUCUUCAGAUCAUGGACCUGUGGGAACAGUAUUCUGAUCCAGGCACAGGUAGAUGCUAUUAUGUCAAUAGCAUUACCAAGGAGAGGUCAUGGAAACCCCCUCGCCGGGCUCGUUCUCGGUGCACCAAUCAGAGUCCAACACAGCAGGGCAGUCCAGCACAGGCUCAGACGUUACCCCGGGACCCCAGCCAUCUGUCACUACCCCUCUCUAAGACGGGCAAUGGAACUAUGCACAGGCUGUCGCCUGAUUAUGUCUUUGGCAGCCACCAAAGAAAUACUGACAGCAGCUGGCAGAUGAAGCAGAACAUUGAGCGAGACGUCUCCUCCGACACGUUGAGCACACCUGCGUUGACAAAUACAGAAGAACAGUGCCAUAACUCUGGAUCCCAGCAUGGCGCCAAGCAGCAGUUCAGCCACACGCAGUCUGUGAUCCUGUCUGAGAACGGAAAGCAGCGCAGAGAUUCCUCCUCCAAUGUGACCAACAUCAUUGUCGAACCUCCUUCUCCAGAGAGCUCUCCGGACAGUGACGGAGGCACACCGGAGCUGGAAAAGGCAGGCCUCCUGAACAAGACAAAGAUUGCAGAAGGAGGCAGGAAGCUGAGAAAAAACUGGAGUCCUUCCUGGGUGGUGUUAGUUGGAAACAGUCUUGUUUUCUUCAAGGAUCCAAAAUCUCAGACACCGUCCAGCUGGAAACCAGGAAACAGCCGUCCAGAGAGCAGUGUGGACCUUAGAGGAGCAAAGCUGAACUGGGCCAACGACCUGUCCAGCAAGAAAAAUGUCUUCAAGCUGCGGACCAUCACCGGCAACGAGUUCCUGCUGCAGUCAGACACAGACUCUCUGAUCAGAGAGUGGUACAACACCAUCAAGAAUGUCAUCGACAGGCUGGAUCGGGAAAAUCCGUUAGAAAACGUCCUCCAGUACUCUCUGAGGCGAGCUGGCAGCGUGGAGAUGCUGGACCACAGCGGCGACGAGGACGACAGGAGAAAUUCUCUCCCUCGCUCUGUGUCUAACCUGGAAAACACGGAGAGGAAAAGAGUGAAGACCCGGUUGAAGAAGCUGAUCCUGAAGAGACCUCCUCUGCAGGCUCUGCAGGAGAAAGGGCUCAUUAAAGAUCAGGUGUUUGGCUGCCGCCUGGAGAUGCUCUGCGAGAGAGAAAGGAGCACCGUCCCCCGCUUCGUCAGACUUUGCACGGAGGCUGUGGAGAAGAGAGGACUGGACACUGAUGGCAUCUACAGAGUCUCGGGAAACCUGGCUGUGAUUCAGAAACUUCGCUUUCUGGUGGACCACGAGCGAGCGCUGACCACAGACGGCCGUUUCAUGUUCCCAGCGGACCUGGUACAAGAGGAGAAGCUGAAUUUGGACGAGAGCGAGUGGGAGGACAUCCAUGUCGUCACGGGAGCUUUGAAACUUUUCUUUCGUGAGCUUCCUGAACCGCUCAUUCCCUACGGCUUCUUCACCGACAUCGUGGAGACAGUCAAGAUGUCGGACCACAUGGACAAAGUGGAUCGGCUGAAGUGUCUGGUGCUUAACAUGCCCCCUCCAAACCAUGACACCCUGGAGUUUAUGUGCCAGCAUCUCAGACGAGUGCUGGAACGGUGCGACACCAACAGAAUGACCACCCAGAACAUCGGCAUUGUGUUCGGGCCGACCCUGAUGCGCCCAGAAUGCGAUAAUGGCAACAUGGCGGUGAACAUGAUUUACCAGAACCAGGCAGUGGAGCUAAUCCUGAGCGAGUUUGACCACAUCUUCAGAACAAGAGGCCUCUCUUGAUCUUUUCAGGCCAGGAGGUGGUGGCAGCUCAGCCCCCCACCCAUGGACCCCGUCCCCACCCCCCUCCUAAAUCCGACUGAAGCAGAAGCAUUGCAGCAAUGGCCUGUAGACUCAUAUGGUGUAAAAUGGAUUUCACAUCAAAAGAUAAUUGUGGGGUACAAAGAACCAGGACAGAAAGCUGCUAAUCAUGACAUCUGGCCUCCAUAAAAAGCCAUGUUAAAACAAUAAUAGUAAAACAAGCCAAUUUUAGCUGCAAUGCUUGUGCCUUUGAGCGCAGAUGUGGAGCCCAGCCCCAGGGCAGCGCAGUGCUGGAACAGACGCCUCCUAGUCGCUUCUAGUUGAUGUUUCAGACUCGAUCGAGGCGAACAAAAAACCCCAUAAAACUGAUAAAUCUCCUCCAGCUAGAAAAUCAUCAAGCAACAUGAGGAGGGACGUGUCUUAACGUUGCUCUGAAACAGUACUUAGCAGAACCAUCUCACUGUGAAAAGCACCGGUUUGUCUUGCAGAACGGACAGACAAGACCCCACCCAGGGCACUGGCGUGGAUUUACUGCGUACUGGAAAAAAGUGCAUUUGCAUGAAGAUUAAUCUGUGUAUUGCUCAGAAGGAGAAUUUGGAAUAGUUUUGAAAAUGUUUCUAAAGAUUAAAGUGUAAUUUUCAGUGAAUGGAUGAAUGUGCCAAUUGGGCUAUAAAUGUUCCUUUUUAGUAUUUUCAGUGUGAACCUUCAGAGCUUUUCUUGUACAAAUAUAAAUCUAUUUUAUUAGUACAAACUCCUUGUAUUAAGUUAAAUGUAAAUAGCUACAUUUCUGUCUAUCCCUUAGAAACACUUUAUAUAGAGUGUGUAACCUGAGCUUUCUGUACUAGUUAAAUACAAACUAAUAAGAACGAAAGGUCUUUGUUCGUGCUUCUCCGUCCUAAUUAUCAGCUCUCUUCCAAUAAAAACAAGAGCAAAUUUGAUGUGUUGUCUGAGAUUCGCUCAGGAUGUCCGUGUAAGGUUGUUUGUUGCGAGUGGCGGGUUUGCGUGCAGAGAUAGUGGAGGCGUGUGGAGGUAUGUGGGCCUUGGAGACUCGGCAGGCAGAGUUGUCCCCUGUGAUUGGUGCGAAUGCUGCUUUUAAUAACAGAACAAAAGGGGAACUGGAAAUGCAUAUGUUUUAAAAAUGUGGAUUUUCCCCCUCAAGCCCUCUUGCUCUGUGGCUUGGGUAAUUUUAUAUUGACUGUGGGUUUGGCAGAAGACAAAAAAGAGCCGAAAGGAGGCACUGCAGGGGAGGGAGUGGGUUAAGUUUUUAUUAAAAGUGUUUCUUCAUUUGUGUGUUUGUAUCAUUUGAAGUCUGGCGAGUUGAUUGAAAGAGGCUAAAACUGCGUUUGACUGAUGAGGAGUCGUCGUAGCUUCAUGCCUGUUAACUCCCAAGGAUGUCCUUAAAUUUGAUUGGCUUAAAUAUUUUCAUCUUAAACAGACAAACCACUGUUGUUUAUUUUAUCCAUAUGAUGUGUGCAUGGUUUACAUCAGAGUUUAUAUGCACGCCCUUCAAUCGGGGUUUUUUUUUUUUUUUUGUAAAUUUUGACAGCGCUGCACCAGAGGCUCCUUACAUUAUAUUAGAGGUUUGCAUUCAGUUUAUCGUCUAAGAGAAAUGUGCCCUCCUACCAACACUGAUGUAUCCAAUAUUUCAUGAGAGAUUUCUGCUGUAUGUUUUGUUCUUGUUCCAAACUGUCAGAUGGGGGGGGGGGUCCAUUCUGUUAAUAAAGCGUUUGUGGUAUUAAACAGCAGCAAAAU